UGACCACACUGAGGGGGAGUGAGGUGUAAAGGGGUUUAACUCGAUGGUAUUAAAUAAUGAUAAGAGUAGCUUGAAGUUGCUGCAGGUAAUUGGUGCGAAAUAGUUGUAUUUCUUGUGAAUGCUGCUUAUCUGAUUCUACGUGCCUGUAGUCCUGCAAGUAAGCGUUCACUGUAUCCGUAUUCGCAGUUACUUGUGCAUAAACUAAUAAACUCAACUUUGACUUUGAAGUGGAAUUUACCUAAUUUGUCACAAAUUUCAAGUUUGUUUCCUUCCUCAGAAUUCGCUUGGAUGUUCAACCACUGUCGGUGUUUUGUUGAAGCCUCUUUUGCAUGAAACCAUGUCUGGAAACGGCAGACUGUAUGACUGUAAGGAUCCUGCUGUAUGGAGGUCUGUCCUUGCAAUUUACAAGGAUGUCAUCAAAGCAAAGGCGACGGCAUCCAAAGGAGUUAAAGCAGGCAAGCUGACUGCACUGGAUAAGUGGUAUCAGGAAGAGUUACCAGAAAUCGUUUGCAGUCGUACGGAGAAAUUUCUCACUCAUGCUGAGCUGGUUCAGUUGAUGGAGUGGAAGCUGACGAGAGGCAAAUUCCGUCCAAUGCUGCAGAAGAUGGUUGCAAGUAACUCUGUGAGCAGUGUGGAGUCAUGCACGAGGAAAGCUUUCAAGCUGCUUCCUGAUGUGUCGGCUGCAGUCAUGGAGCUCACCAAGCUGAAGGCAGUGGGACCUGCCACCGCAUCAGCUGUGUUGGUUACUGGUGCUCCUCAGGAAGCUGCUUUCAUGGCUGACGAAGCAGUAGAGUCAAUUCCAGGCUUGGUUCCCAUUAAAUACACACUUAAGCACUACAUCCUUUACUUGGACAAGGUGAGGGAGUGUGUAGAACAACUCAAUACAAAUGACUCGGUGAAUGACUGGACACCGCACAAAAUAGAACAAUGUCUCUGGACCUGGGCUGUGGCCAAAAGUGUCAAACCCUCAUUGCUGGAGAGUCCUGUCAUGCAUCAAAACAAAAUGACAAAUAAAGAAAAGCUCACAGAAGUGAGACCCAUGAAAAGACAGAAAGUGCAAUAGUAAGAAAAUCAGUCCCUUUAUCAAAGUUGCAAGAAAAAAAAUUGCAGUUUUGCAAUGCCUAAACUGUGCAACAAUGAACGUUGAAGUCUGAAGCAAUUCAGUGAAACCAUACACUAAGGAGAGGUGUUGAAUCUGCUGGAAGGGGAUUCUUUUCAUGUGGUAUCUGUUGAUGUACUUAAUGGAUUAUGCAAGCUUGUAUGGAAAUAAAUAGCAAUUAUGUAUUGAUGGGGCAUUGUUUUCUCAGACAUGCCAUUGUGGAUCUAUAUACUCACUAGGUCAGAGAUAUAUUGUAUACAUAUAUUGGGAUUAGGAACAUUGGAAGUUAAGGUUGGAGUUCAGAGUGCCUGUGUUUCAGCUUGGUGGCUUCCAUUUAAGUUGCAUAAAUACAAUUUCCCACUCCUUUAAAUUCACCUGGUUCACUAGAAAAUUAUAUUUCUGCUUAACAUGUAAACAGAAAGUGAAAUAGAAGUGUAAAAUAAUAGAACCAGAAAUCAAUGCCACCAAAGGUCCUAAUGAUGCUGGAUCAUCAGAGUUUUACUAUAAAUUGCAAGUAUAAAGCUCAGUCAAGAGGAGGUGGAUUGCCAAGAAUAGCAUAGAUAAUUUAAUGAUAACAGAUCAUUGUAUCUGAUUUUAUUUACUGAACCCAGCAAAGGGAUGAACCAGAGCAAACAUUCUGUUAGGAAUGGACAGUUAUGGAAGCUAAUAAUCCAUUUGGCAAAGUCCUUAUACCAAUCAGUUGUUGUGAUUUUCAAGCAUUCAUUUAAUAUCAGAGAAUGUGUACGGUUUAAAACUUGAAAUUUGUAUUUUUCAGAAAAGACAGAAAUCCUGUAUAUAAUUUAAAUAGGUGUUCAACCAAAGUGAUGGAUUGAUGUCUCCUGAUACCUUCAAUAUUUUCUCAUUUAUUUUGCAUAGUUAAAAUCGGUUUUGCUUUGCUUGGACAUCAGACAGCUGUGAUCUUUUUUCCCCUUCAAACACGUUUGCAGUCGAUGAACAAAGUGAAGAUUACAUAUGUGUGAAAUGGGCUAUAGCGAUAUAAUUUUCAUUGGGAGAUUACAUGAUUGUAUUACAUUUCUGAGAUGUCUCUGGAUCUUUGAAUUACUGAAGGUAACUAUAGAAAUGCUUUAGAAAUUUGCAGCCUUAGAAUUGACAUCACCAGGCGCUGAACAGGUUUUAGUCAAGCUGUUUAUUAUGAUUGCAUUUGCUAUGUUCUUCAAAUUCCUUACCUGCUGUUUUCUGCUCUACAAACCUCUUUUUGUAUAUAGCGCUUCAAUAUUUUUCCUUGAUUGCUCAGUGUGCUUUCCUAACUCCCGCUAUUUGUUAAUAAAUUCGAAUUGCUGGUUAACAUUACUAGUGUUCCUGAGCGGUGGAGCUCUGCAAGGUAUAUGCAAUAAUUAGUUUUGACUUAGUAUAUAUAUCCUCCCUUUUAGCUUGAAUCUUUUGUAAAACAAAUCUAAUUUUGGUGACCCUCAUUUUGCAGUAUUUUAUAAGGUUCUGUGUGCUUUUUAAUAAAAUUGUGGUAGUUUGUGAAAA